GUGGAUGUCAAUGAAACAUAACCUAAUAGUUUUGCCAUCUACUGCGUUAAACAGGUUGUUUAAAAAUGUAAUUGUUCCCUAAAAUUUUUUCACGAUUUAAUAAAAAUGUCAUUUUUUACAAAAGCCAAGUCAAAAAAGGAAUUCACCAGACAAAACCGUAAGCGUAAAGCUACGGAAGUAGUUCAAGAGAAAAACGAUGAAAUUACUAGUAGUGAAGAUGAAGCUAAUGGAAUUACUGAAGACUCAUCCUUAACAUCUGAAGAAGAACUCGAGACUGCUCAAGAGAAAAAAUUAAGAUUAGCAAAGGUUUACUUACAAGAAAUUGAACGUGAAGAAAGGCGACGUCUUGAAAACGACAACGAAGAAAUUGGUGAUGAUUUGAUACAAAAACGACUUAAGGAAGAUUAUCUUAAGCAAACAGGAAAGUUAAGGCUUACAAUUGCUGAUAAAUACACAAGCGUCGAUAAUAGUAACAUAAAAAUUUUAAAGUGUAAACAGCACAGAAAACCUAUAACUUGUUUAUGUAUUACUAGUGAUAACAACUUCAUAUUUUCUGGAAGUAAAGAUGGAAUAGUAGUAAAGUGGUCUCUAAAUGAUUUUAAAAAAAUUGGACACUUUUCUUUUUCUGCAAAGAAUAGUAUUCCAAAUUCUCCAGACUAUCCUAAACCAAUCACAAGUGUAGCAAUUUCUUCAGAUAGUAAGUUUUUAGCAGUAGGAGAUGAAUCAAAUAAUAUUCAUGUGUGGGACCCACAGAGUUUAAAAUACCUGAAUGUCCUUAGAGGCCACAGAAAGUCAGUAACAGGACUUUCAUUUAAAAAAGAAUCACACACUCUGUACUCUUGUAGUGCAGAUAAAUCUGUUAAGGUUUGGUCUUUAGAUGAUAUGGCAUAUGUGGAGACUUUAUAUGGACAUCAUGACAAAAUAACAGCCAUUGACUCCUUAUACAGAGAUAGAGCAAUUACAGCCGGUGGUAGUGAUUGCUCUUUAAGGAUAUGGAAGAUAGCAGAGGAGUCUCAGCUAAUUUAUAAUGGUCAUUCAGGGAACCUUGAUUGUGUAAAAUUAAUUAAUGAAGAAAAUUUUCUAUCAGGAGCAGAUGAUGGACAGCUUUGUGUGUGGUCAUCAAUGAAGAAGAAACCAUUGUGUACUAUUAAAGAUGCACAUGGAAUUGAUGAGAACAACGAGCAACCAAAUUGGAUUUGUUCAGUUACAGCCUUGUUAAAUACCGAUCUUGUAGCUUCAGGCUCAUAUGAUGGAUUUAUAAGAUUUUGGAAACUAGAUAAUAAUUUUCGGUCAAUACAACCAUUAUUUUCUGUGACUGCUAAUGGAUUUGUCAAUAGUAUGGAAUUUACUUCUGAUGGCAAGUUCUUAGUAGCAUGUGCAAGUACUGAACAUAAGUUUGGUAGAUGGAAUGUAAUAAAAUCAUCAAAAAUUAGUUUAGUAAUUGUACCACUAAAUAAAAUAAGCUGAAAAUG